AUGACCAUAGUUACUAAUUCAUACAAUUUUAAUAAUUGUCAUAAUAGUAGCACCAAUAAUGCAAGAAAAAUGUUGAUGAGAGAAAAAUUUAUUAAAUUGGCGCUUCACCUGCAAGAUUUGAAUGAAAUUAAGAAUGCAUUUGUGGAAAAGUAUGAAGAAAUGAAGAGCCUUGUAGAAACAGUUUUGGAGUGUGGAUACGAGCAUGAUGAUGAGGAUGAAACAGUUUCGAAUUUUGUAAAUGACGAAGAAGAAGAAAAAUUGAUCAAGGAAGAGUUUGUGAAUUUUCUUGAUCUGAAUGAAUUUUUACUGCCCUCACAACAGGAAGUUGUUGAGCAAGAAUCUCAUACUGGAUUGUUCGAUUCACAGUCAAUUCCAAAGAGUCUUUCGUCUAUGAGUUUAUUCAGAUGUGCUUCGAGUGAGAGUUUGCUAACUUCACAGCAAUUGUUAAAUGAUUCUGUAAUGAUGCAACAAAUUGCUUCACCAGAACAUGAAUCGACAAGUUCAGGAAGUGCAUUACUACCAUUAAAUGUGCUUUCAGUUGUUGGUCAACCUUCUGAUUUGAUUUCACAGAAUCUUGUCAAGUCAACCAAUAAUGUGAAACGGCACAAGCGUGCCAAUAAAUCACAUAAGAGAAAGAAAUUAAUAGAGAAGGAAGAUUCUUCAAAAAAGAUCAAGAUGGAAGAAUCAAUUGUUCAAACAUCCAUCGACAAUUUUGCAACAUUGCUAACGAAAGAAAAUCCAAUCACAUGUCAGUCGCCAAAACAAACAGUUUAUGGCGAAUUUAAUUGGAUUAAUAGUUUUGGAUCAUUUGGAUCUGCAGAUGGUCAAUUUGAUGGCCCAGUUGAUAUUAAAUAUCUCAGUAGAAGAGACUAUCUCCUUGUGGCCUGUUACAAUAAUAAGAAUAUUCAAAUUUUUGAUGCUAAAACACUUGAAUACAAGUAUCAAAUUUCCACACAGAGCGAAAUUAGAGGAAUGGCACUCGAUCCCACCAAUGACAAUUCAAUCCUAAUCAGUUGUGAUGACAGCAUUGUAUCCAGAUAUACCAUUAUGGAAUCAUGGCAUGUGGAAAUGUAUGGCUCUAAAGGAUGUAAAUCGAAUCAAUUCAAUGGGCCUACAGGAAUGGUUGUCGAUGAAGAGGGCAGAAUAUUCGUAUGUGAUUGUCUCAAUUCUCGAAUAGUUGUCCUCUCAAAGGAAGGUCAAUUUUUGUACAAUUUUGGAGAGAAGGGAACUAAGAAAGGUCAAUUUCUCAUGCCAUGGUCUAUAACAAUUGAUUCGUUUGGUAAUUUACUGAUUACUGAUAGUGGACGUCAUGUAAUUCAAGUUUAUUCACCCAAUGGAGAGCAUUUGAAUGAAAUUGGAAAAAAGGGAUCUUCCAAAUUCGAAUUCAACACACCGAGAGCCAUCACAAUUGAUCAAAUCACUGGGAAUGUUCUCAUAUGUGAUGAAGGAAACAAUCGUAUACAAAUAUUCAAUUCUACUCUGACAGAACAUGUGAAAAUCAUUGAGGAUCGACUCCAUGCUCCAACUGGACUCACUUUAGAUCCAACAAGAGCCCUCCUCUAUGUUUCUGAAUGGGAUCUGGAACAUAAUUUCAUACAAAUUUUCAAAUAA